UAAAACGUGCCUAAUCUAUAUCAUACUUGAAGUUUAUAUGUAUGAUAAUAAUUAAACAAUUAAAAUUAAAACUAAUUCAUAUGAUUUAAAAAUAAAUAAAAUUAUUGUCUGAUAUUCCUAAAAUAAAUUUAAGUAAUAAAACACAUCGUUAUAAACAAUGGAGAAUAUAGGGGAAAUAAUCGAUUACAACCAAUUAGGAUAUGAACAACAACAAUUAAUUAAAACAGCUGUACAAAGUGCACAAUUUUCCUACUCACCAUACAGCAAAUUUAAAGUGGGUGCUGCAAUUAAAUGUGAAGAUGGUACUGUAUUUAGUGGAUGUAAUAUUGAAAAUAUAAGUUUUACACCAGGAAUUUGUGCUGAACGUACAGCUAUUGCAAAAGCUGUUAGUGAAGGUUAUAAAAAUUUUAAGGAAAUUGCAAUUGUUGCUAAUGACCCUGAUCAAUUUACAUCACCGUGUGGUGUAUGUCGACAAACUAUUGUUGAAUUUUGUACUGAUAUUAAAAUUUAUUUAAGUAAGUUUAAUAUGGAUCAAGUAUUUGUAACAUCUAUUAAAGAAUUAUUACCAUUAUCAUUUUCACCAUAUACAGCUAAAAUGUAAAUUUUUCUAGCUAAUUUUUGCAUAUAAAAAUAAUAUUUUAUAUAUUCAACAAUGAUCAAUUGUUAAAA